CACUAUCUAAUUCAAUAGUUCUUAUCCGUGCAAUCCCCCUCUCUCCUACGUACAACGACCGUUCUGACUUCUCCCUGUCGUCCUUGUUUACUGCAUUGCGAAAAUUCAUUGGUUGUCUAGGUCGAUCAUACAUCACAUCCUCCUCUCUCCCCCUCUCGUUCAGCUGCUGGUCUCCUUCCAGACAAUAAACGUUCGGCAAGGGGGCGCGCUGGGCUUGCAUACCGCAAGGGCAAGCGAUAGGACGGCCCUGGUUCCUCCACUCCCCCUCUCCCCCGACGCCUGCAUGGUGACUGGCACAUGCGUCAAGCGCCCGCGGUCUAUUGAUUUUUACCGUUAAGCUACCAAGCUUUGCAGACGUUAUCUGGCCCUCUCACUGGAUCAUGCAAGCGCGUACUACCAUCAACCGCAUAUAUCGUCGGUGAUUGUCUCCUGCCCAUUGCUAGCUGGGGCCGAAACUUGCUGUUGGAACGUCAGAUUCCCUGUCCAUGCCCGCCAUGGAUCGCGCGGAACAUUCGCCGACAUCCCAGGUCGAUGCCCCUUUCCAACAUUCGGCUUUGCCAGACAAGCGUCGCAAAUCGAUUCCGUCGCGCGCACUCGCGGCGAGCCCUCCGCCAGCAUCCGAUCCUGCCUCUCCCGAGGUCAUCUCUUCUCUGAUUUCGUCUCUGUCGACCAUAUCUGUACCCCUCCAAACGCACUUCGACAGCGUUCCGCGCAUUGACACCAAGACCGAUCCCGGCUCGCCCGUCUACCUGGCCCCCGACCAAGAUCACAUUCCGGACCAACGACCCUCCAGCGCGCAUGAACUCGGGCUAAGUCUCGGGGCGUUUCAGCUGCCGGAGGAGACGGCACAGAGUCCCUUCUUGCAUCCGGAUGAUGCAGCAGUCGCUCCGAUCGUUCGUAUGGCCCGGGCCCCGCCACCCUCGAAAUCCAAAGUUGCCCUCGAUCCGCCCUUGUCCCCAGGGAGACCGACUUCAAGGGGCUCCUUUACUUCGUCCAAGGCAGCCUACGAAGAUUCCGCUUUUGGCAUGAUCACUGCCGAACCAGGUCCACGGCUUUCCACCGCAAAUAGUGUCGCCUCGUCCGGUUCCAAGACAAGUCUCAAACACCAAAUCAGCAUUUUGAAAAGAACCUCGCGAGAGUUCCCUAGCGAAAAAGAGCGACAGGUAGAUCGAUUGCGCAAGGCAAACAGCUGCAACGACGGUUUCCGACAUAACAUACCGCGGAGUAGGGCCAGUGUACGCUCCCUGUAUUCCAUGGCCGACGUGGCCGAAGAAGGACGUGCCCUACCAUUUCGCUCCGCCACCGAGACCGCUACAGAAUCUUCGAUUAGCAGACCAUCCAGCAAGGAACGCAGAUCUCUACAGGGCGCUCGUGAGAGCAUGCUUAGUGCGCCAGGUGGAAUCGGGAGCGGCCGGAGUAUCCCUGCUCGUGAAUCAUCCUUACGGCAUAAAUUCUCUUCGAGCCCAAAGCACCGCAGAUCCUCUACUCGCCAUAGCCGAUACUCAUCCACUAGUAGUAGAGAAAUGAAAGUGGACAGCGCCGUUUCGGGGGUGGGAAGUGAAGCUGAUCAGGUGACAAAGAGAAUUCUGGAACUAAAGGACCAACAACAAAAGAUCAAGACCGAGCUAGAAUUAGAUGAUAUCCCAUCUGAUUUUCGUAAAGAGCCGAUUGCCACGCCUGCUCAGCAAUUGGUCAAUUCCACCGGAUUUGACGGAACUACCGACUCGCAACAAACGGAACAUCCAUCUCGUUUCAGCUUCGACGAGAGCGCUCCAGCUCCGGCAGUCCUAACGGGCAAGAGCCGCUCCACAGCCCGCAUCAGCCCUCCAUUCACUUCUAGAUCUGCCACAACAUCCAUCCACUCCUUUGACAAGUUUGACCCCUUUGAGAAAGCUUCUCAUCGAAACACAGCGGAGCCGCCCUCUCCUUUCCGACAUCAGCGUUCUCGGUCAAAUGCCAGUUCUCCCACCGGCUAUUUCGCUGUGGACGAGCGGCCCUCCAGCGCGGAUUCUAUCGACCUUGCGAUCCAGGACUACGUGACAGCCGCUAAGCUUACCCAGAGGGUUAUCCACCCCGCGUCGGGUCGCUCUAUAGCAUUCUCGGAGGUUGGGGAUCCCAACGGUCAUGUGGUUCUUUGUUGCCUUGGUAUGGGUUUGACGAGAUACUUGAUGGCUUUUUAUGACGAGUUGGCGAGGUCUCUCCACCUUCGUUUGAUCACACUAGAUCGCCCUGGGGUGGGUGAAAGCGCACCUUACAUCAACGAGCCGGCAACCCCUCUCAGUUGGCCUGAUGACGUUGCGAUUGUAUGCAACCAUCUUAAGGUGACAAAGUUCUCAAUUAUGGCACACUCCGCUGGCGCUAUCUACGCGCUCGCCACCGCAUUGAGAAUCCCGCAACAUAUCCGGGGAAGAAUUCAUUUGCUGGCACCGUGGAUUCCUCCUUCGCAACUAUCAAGUUUUGGCUCCUUGAAGGCCCCAGUCCCGACCAAUGCUGUUCCUUACACUCAACGCAUUCUCCGCGCUCUUCCCACGUCUAUCCUUAAGGUCGCCAACUCCAGCUUCAUGAGCGCAGCAAGUGCUAGUCUUACUUCUAGUUUACCGAAGUCGCCUCGACGAGCCAAGCGCAAAGCGCUACAGAAAGACAUUCUAAGCUCAGCUGUUAUCGAACUCAGCAAGCCUCAACAGCUCCCAGGCGCGAUCCAUCACCAAAGCGGUCUGAAGGGCUUCGAGAAGCCAACACCUAUCGUAGUAGGAGCAGGCCGCCCAAUUGAUGAGCAUUUAUCGAACCAGGCCGCACUUGCGGCAUCGCUAGAUCGGGAGCGCCAGGUGGAUUACGAUAAUCGACUGACUCACAGAAUAUGGGACUUGGCGACAACGAACGCAAACCCGGCUGUGGAUUUGCUAGUGUGUCUGGAACGUCGUCAAUCCAUUGGAUUCCGCUAUGUGGAUAUCACUCGGAAUGUGGUGAUUCAUCAUGGUAGCAGAGAUACUCGCGUUCCUGUGGAAAACGUCAAGUGGCUGGGGAAAACCAUGCGUCGCUGCGAGGUUCGUGUGCUUGAAGGUGAAGGGCACGGAUUAAUGGCCUCCGCCACGGUAAUGGGCAAUGUGUUGAUGGAAAUAGCUAAGGAAUGGGAGGACUGGAUGAUUGUGGUCCAAGGAAAGCGCAAAGGAACUAUUGGGGCGCGCUCCGGCAUCGCGGUACAAGCGUGAUGAUGGCCUAGAGUUCCAAAUACCCCAUGGUCCCUCUCUUUGAGACCUAUUAUAUUCCGCAGGCGAGCGAAGGGAAACGCUGCGUACUGGGGAUUGAUCCCCGCGGGGUCUUCAUUACCAGCACUUCUCGAUCUCUCCAGUCAGAUCGCUGCAGGCUCCGCGGUUUCAUGAUUCGGCAUUGAUCUGCCACAACCAUUUGGAGUGCCUGUGAGCAAUCUACAUGUAUAUGUCCUUAUGUAUGUCGCCUUCAAGACCCUGUCUUGCAUUUUGUUUGUGUGUUUGUUUGUUUUACCAUGAUACCACCCAGCUACAUACCCACAUUAUAGCAUG